AAUUCACAUUCACUGACCAAGAAAGUGUGAAGAUGAGCAGCCGAAGGAAACGUGCUCCCCCAGUGAAGGUGGAUGAGGAAAGGCAGCAGCAGCUUCACUGGAACAUGCAUGAAGAGCUGAGGAAUGAACCGCUCCCCUUGACUGUUGAGGAGCAGCCCUGCUCGGGUGCAGACUCCUCUUCUGAUUGCAUCCUCAUAGAUGAUGACCCUCCUGAAGAUGUGGUUCACAGAGAUAAGAAGAGGCGGUCAGAGGCUGUGGGCACCUCAGAAUCCACUGAAAAAGAGACCCCUUUGUCUGUCAAGUUGAAUGUUACCAUUUCUCCCUAUCAUGACGAUCAGUCUUGGAAAGCAUUGCUGGGAGAUUUUGCUCUUCAGCUUCUCCAUGAAGAGAGUUCAGUUGAACAUUUUUCUGAAAGGAGUUUUACAUUGAUGAGUUCAGAGUCAAGCAAUCAGUUCCUGAUCUAUGUCCAUUCAGAAUGUAAAGAUGAGGAAAAACAAGAAAGUGUGCUUAAAGAAUCAGCUGAUAGUUAUGGCAAGGGUCUUCGAGUGGAAUCGUCCUUCAGUAGUGACAUGUUACAGGAUUUGGCCUGGCUGCAGAAGAAAAGAGGAAUAAAACUUUAUCAGCGACCUGAAGGAAAUCAUACCAUCAAGGUUGGAAUUUAUAUCUUGGAAGCCGGCCUAGCAAGACUAGACUUUAUGAGUGAUGCAAGUUCAAGAAUGAAAAAGUUCAAUCAGCUCAUGAAGAGAGUGAUGGAAAAGUUACAUAAUUUUAUUAUUCCAGAUGUGCCAGAAGAAGAUGAGGAUGAUUCAGAUAGUGAGCCAGAGGGCCAGGACAUUGACGAGCUCUAUCACUUUGUGAAGCAAACACACCAGCAAGAAACACAGUCAGUUCAAGUGGAUGUCCAACAUCCUGCACUGAUCCCAGUACUGAGACCGUACCAGAGAGAGGCCGUCAACUGGAUGCUACAACAAGAGCAUUUCAGAAGCGUUCCUGCUGGUGACAACUCCCUGCACUUCUUGUGGCGAGAAAUUGUUACACCUGAUGGUUUGAAACUCUACUAUAAUCCAUAUACAGGCUGCAUCAUUCGUGAUUUCCCACAUGCUGGACCACAGUUGCUUGGUGGAAUCUUAGCAGAUGAGAUGGGUCUCGGAAAGACAGUGGAAGUUCUGGCUCUGAUUCUGACACAUACUCGACAAGACAUCAGACAAGAUGGUCUCACUCUUCCUGAGGGGAAAGUGGUGAAUUAUUUCAUCCCAUCUCACUGUCCCAAAGGAAAAUUAAAAAAUAGAGAAAUCCAGGAUACAGAAUAUGAACCAAAAGAAAAAGUGCACUGCCCCCCUACACGUGUGAUGAUCCUAACAGCUGUGAAAGAAAUGAAUGGGAAAAAAGGAGUUUCUAUUCUUUCUAUCUAUAAGUAUGUCAGCUCCAUAUACAAAUACAAUGUUCAGCGGAACCGGAGUCUUUUGAAGCGGAUGCUAAAAUGUUUAAUCUUGGAAGGUCUUGUGAAACAGAUCAAAGGCCAUGGUUUCUCUGGGACUUUUACACUGGGGAAGAAUUACAAGGAAGAAGAUAUAUGUGAUAAAACAAAGAAGCAGGUGGUGGGGAGUCCAAGGAAAAUUCAGAAGGAGUUAAGGAAAUCAGUGAACAAGGACACAGACUCUGAAUACCUGCCAUCAAACACUUCUGAUGAUGAUGAUGAUCCUUAUUAUUAUUACUAUAAGGCCAGAAAAAGCCGUAGUAAAUUGAAGAAAAAACCUGUGUUCCUCCCUAAGAAGGAAAAGAGACAGCCUAUCAGUCCAGAUCCCCAAAUUCACUCUCCAGCUGCUGGUGACGCUGCAAGUGCUGAUGCUGAUGUGUCGGGAAGGGCACCUGCCUCUGAGGACAAGAGAGACCCAGAAGCACAAGACCGUGCUGGCUCUCCAAAGCCCGCUGAUGAGGAGUUGGCACAUUCUAACACUGUGAGUCCCUGUGAGUCCUCUGAUUACCGCUUUGAGUGCAUAUGUGGUGAAUUUGACCAGAUUGGCCGAAAGCCGAGAGUUCAGUGUCUGAAGUGUCACCUGUGGCAGCAUGCAAAGUGUGUGAAUUACGAGGAGAAGAAUCUGAAGGUUAAGCCUUUUUACUGCCCCCACUGCCUUGUUGCAAUGGAGCCAGUGUCAACAAGAGCAACGCUGAUCAUCUCUCCAAGUUCCAUUUGCCAUCAGUGGGUGGAUGAAAUCAACCGGCAUGUGAGAUCAUCAUCUCUUCGAGUUUUGGUAUAUCAAGGAGUGAAGAAAGAUGGCUUUUUACAGCCUCAUUUUUUGGCAGAACAAGAUAUAGUUAUCAUUACUUAUGAUGUCCUUCGUUCAGAACUAAACUAUGUUGAUAUCCCACAUAGCAAUAGUGAGGAUGGGCGUCGCCUGAGGAACCAGAAACGCUAUAUGGCUAUUCCCAGCCCCCUGGUAGCAGUGGAGUGGUGGAGAAUCUGUCUUGAUGAAGCCCAGAUGGUUGAAUGUCCUACAGUAAAAGCUGCAGAAAUGGCCCAGCGUUUGAGCGGGAUUAAUCGGUGGUGCAUCAGUGGCACUCCAGUACAGAGAGGAUUGGAGGAUCUUUUUGGGCUGGUGGUCUUUCUUGGGAUUGAACCUUACUGUGUCAAACACUGGUGGAUUCGACUUCUCUAUCGCCCAUACUGCAAGAAGAAUCCUCAGCAUCUCUACAGUUUUAUUGCCAAGAUACUGUGGAGGUCUGCAAAGAAAGAUGUUAUUGACCAAAUCCAGAUUCCACCUCAGACUGAGGAAACGCACUGGCUCCACUUUUCCCCUGUGGAGAGGCAUUUCUAUCACCGUCAGCAUGAGGUGUGCUGCCAGGAUGCCGUGGUGAAGCUCAGGAAGAUCUCCGACUGGGCCCUGAGACUGAGCAGCUUGGACAGAAGGACUGUCACCUCCAUCCUGUAUCCUCUGCUGCGGCUCAGACAGGCCUGCUGCCAUCCACAGGCUGUUCGCGGGGAGUUCUUGCCACUCCAGAAGAGCACCAUGACAAUGGAAGAAUUGCUCACGUCUUUGCAGAAGAAAUGUGGAACUGAAUGUGAAGAGGCCCAUCGGCAACUAGUUUGUGCCCUCAACGGCUUAGCAGGCAUCCAUAUCAUUAAAGGUGAGUAUGCCUUGGCAGCAGAGCUAUACAGAGAAGUACUGCGCUCCUCUGAGGAGCACAAAGGAAAACUCAAAACGGAUUCACUUCAAAGACUUCAUGCCACACAUAACUUAAUGGAGCUGUUGGCAGCCAAACACCCAGGGAUCCCUCCCACCUUAAGAGAUGGCAGACUUGAAGAAGAGGCCAAGCAGCUUCGAGAGCACUAUAUGAGCAAGUGUAACACAGAAGUGGCUGAAGCCCAGCAAGCCUUGCAGCCUGUGCAGCAGUCCAUACGGGAGCUCCAAAGGAAGAUUCAUUCUAAUUCUCCUUGGUGGCUGAAUGUAAUCCACAGAGCAAUGGAGUUUUCUGUUGAUGAGGAACUUGUUCAGCGGGUGCGAAAUGAAAUAAGCAGUAACUACAAGCAACAAACUGACAAGCUUUCUAUGUCAGAGAAGUUCCGUGACUGCAGAGGUCUUCAGUUCUUACUUACAACACAAAUGGAAGAGCUCACUAAGGUCCAGAAGUUAGUGAGAGAGGCUGUGAAGAAGCUGGAGAGACCUCCAUCCCGUGAUGUGAUUGAGUCUGCAACAGUCUGCCACCUGCGACCAGCUAGACUCCCUCUGAACUGCUGCGUCUUUUGUAAAGCUGAUGAAUUGUUCACAGAGUAUGAAUCAAAGUUAUUUUCUAACACAGUCAAAGGCCAGACUGCAAUCUUUGAAGAAAUGAUAGAAGAUGAAGAAGGACUUGUGGAUGAUCGAGUACCUACUACUACCCGGGGCCUGUGGGCAAUAAGUGAGACAGAGCGGUCUAUGAAAGCAAUAUUGUCAUUUGCAAGAUCACAUAGGUUCGAUGUUGAAUAUGUAGAUGAAGGGAGUGUUUCAAUGGAUCUCUUCGAGGCAUGGAAGAAGGAGUAUAAGUUACUUCAUGAAUACUGGAUGACGCUGAGAAAUCGUGUGUCAGCUGUUGACGAACUUGCAAUGGCUACAGAGCGACUAAGAGUGCGCCAUCCCAAGGAACCAAAGCCAAACCCACCUGUCCAUCACAUCAUUGAACCACAUGAGGUUGAACAGAACCGUAUAAAACUGGUCAAUGAUAAAGCUGUUGCUACAUCACAACUUCAGAAAAAACUUGGACAGCUUCUUUACUUGACAAAUUUGGAGAAGUCUCAAGACAAAACAUCAGGCGGUGUUAACCCAGAGCCUUGUCCCAUCUGUGCUCGACAGCUGGGAAAACAGUGGGCAGUGCUGACCUGUGGACACUGCUUCUGUAAUGAAUGCACGUCUAUUAUAAUUGAACAGUACAGUGUGGGGUCUCAUCGAAGCUCCAUCAAGUGUGCUAUCUGCCGCCAGACCACAUCACACAAAGACGUCUCCUAUGUCUUCACCUCAGAGAAAGCAAACCAAGAAGAUGACAUCCCUGUAAAGCUGCAGGUAUGCCAACAGCCACAAGUGGCACUGCUGGGUAAGAGGAGGCAGCUCAUCUUUACACAGGGAAAACAUUAAUCACGGCACCAGGAACCAGCGUGAGGCAGAACUGCUGUCCUGCUUUGUACAGGAGGUUUAGGAAGAGGUUGGUCUAGCGACCAGUAAACUGCACAGCUGUGGCACUGAGUCACUGAACCCAUCAGACCCAACACCUGUUCAUGGAUGGCAGCUUUCCUACACCCAGGACAGUUACGUUUGUUGCCCUGUUGGGAAAGGGAUGUCAGUGUUGAAAUACUACUGUGUACUCUUGCUGCUGCUUGUCUUUCAUGGGCAUUGGUGAACACAUGAGUUAAACUAUCUUAUUUAGAAAAGAUUAGAGACUUUAGUUAAGGCAGUUUCUUCCUGCCAUUGACACGGAUAUGCUUACUUUUUUUUUUCUCACUAAACAUGACUAAAUAUUUUACAUAUUACAUAAACUAAUCUCAUCCCUCUUCCACUUUCUCACUUUACUUCUUACCACAUUUUGCUUGUUUCUCUGCUUUUUCUGUCACCAUUUGUGUCUGCCACAUCUGCCUUCUGUUAUUUGUCACCUCUUUGACUCUGUCCCAUUUAUACCCUAUUGUGUCUGUCACUUGCUCUUUCAAGCAUCUGCCAUGUGUUUUCAGAGUCUGCCUUCCUCUCUUACUUGGUUCAUACUACUUCUAGACCCAGAAGUUCUUGUCUUUUAUAUUACUAUCAAGUUUUUGGUACUUAACAACAUCAUAAAUAGGUUAAUUUCUAUAACCUUAAUGUUUUUGUUUAUUUCAAUCUUAAGUAUUCAUGAUAAGACUUGUAUAACAGUGUACAUAGUGCUUAAUCAUAUAACUUGAGAUCAUAUCAAAGAUAUUCAGAGAAUGCAAAAAUAGUAAUAUAUAGUCUUUGGCAUUUUGUUUCUAAUGAUAUCUUUGGAAAUUGGAGAUUUCAAAGUAUAAGGUAUCUUGUGGGUUAAACAUAGAAAUAAGAUAUUGAGAUUACCAGUAUCCCUUUGGUGUAUGCACUUAAAUAAAAACUGUAUCAUCCAUAGCAACAGUGUGACAGUAUUCCUAAGUAACCUUGGAACCUACUGGGCAUUUCACAAAGUAAACAAAAUUCCCCUUGCAAGUUCUGACAACUGCAAGGCAUUUUGGAUGUGAUGAAGUAGGCCUCCUGGCAGAACAUAGCCCCAUGUGACUUGUUCCCCAUGUCCUGUGUUUGGCUAGGUUUCAUACAAAGCACUUUUGCUGGUAUAAAACCAGCCUCUAUACUGAUUAGGAUUAUUAGUUUCUAAGUUUCUAUUCACUGCAAAACAUUAUGCAGAGAUAUAACCACAGUAAAACAACAUCCAUCCCAACUACACACUAUUAUUUCAUCAUCUUAGUUCAGCCAGUGUGCCUUUAGUAAUAGGCUGUUCAGGCUCUAUCUCAAUGAGUUUUUAUUUACUACAGAUAGGAUAUGAUCCAGGAUCUUUGGUUUUAACAAGUACAUCUACUAACCUUAGAGGUGUCUUAUGGAACUUUAUAGAGAAAAUACUGCAUAUACAUUCUAAUUCCAAGAUAGUCAGUACAGUAAUAAGAUGUAUUUAUUAAUAAGCAAUAAGAUGUAUAUGAAUUCUGGUGUUUGUUUUGUUUUGCUUUUCCAGUUAUCAAAAGUUUGGCUUGGCCAUACUUUCCAAAAUGUAAUUAAAUAUCUGGGUAGAAAGGCUAAUUUUAUAAUUCUGAGUAAGUUUAAAAUAAGCAUACAAUAACUUGGUAAAUAAAACCUACACAUAACUGUAUUUAUGUAUAUGUCUCAAAAUCCAUAUAUGAGCUAUCAGAUAUGUUAUACAUCAGUGUUAACUGAUAAAAUGAAAAUGAUAUUGAUGUUUUUGUUAAAAAUGAGCUUAAGUAGAUAUAAUUCUGAUUGACAAAAGAGAAAAAAAAGUUUCUAUUCAGUGGCUCCAUUAACAAUUAUAGUUCUGAAUUGUUAAUCAUGCUGAAAGUCAGCCAUGCCAUAUGAUAAAUUGAACACACAACAGAGACUUUGAAGAUAUAAAGUGUAAAUUAUCUUUAUCUCUGAAAAACAGUCCUUUUUGGCUAUGUUUUUCAUUAACUCCAUUAGAAUGAGUUGAGACAUGUGAUUCUCUACUGUAUCCUAAUCAUCUAGCAUGAUACCUGGCAUGCAAUAGGCACUCAAUAAAUGUCUAGAUAGAUUGUUGUAAAAUAUCCCUUUGAUCCAUACAUGAUUUUUAACUUUUUUACAGCUAGUAAUUUGGGUCUGGAAUAAUUCUGCAAAUUAUCUUAAAAAAUGGAGAAUAAUUUUGAGGCCUAAGCAUAUAAGAUUGCCCACAGUCUAGAGAAAGUUUCUGUUGUGCUUUGUACAGUAACACAUGAAUAGUGAAGAGCCCAGCACUCAUUCCUGGCAUAUGCUUGAGGAACAUUCCUGCUUCGUGAGGUCAGUCAGACGAGCUUCAGAACUGGACUGUGUUGUGCGUGUCGCAGCAGCAUGGGGUUCCACCCUGGUGAACGGGUGCGAAUGGAAACAACACGGCAGCUUGGCACUAGGGAAGAGCUAGCCUUAUUCCAAAAGGAAAAGGACAGGAUGAAAGUCAGAAAAUACCAAAAUAGUAACUGACUUUCUACUGGACAAUCGCAGGAGCCUUUGAACGUUCUUAUAUAAUUACAGACCUCUAAGGAAACCUGUAGAAAAAUCUGUUACCACCCAGUACCAUUCCAGUUGUUCAUACUGCUCACUAGAGAACACCCCUUUCUUUAUUAGAAGCAGAGUAAACUAAGCUGAGUGACUAUGUCAUCUUUGAAAUUACAUUUCUCAGAGGAAAUUUUCUAAAAGAAAGUCGCAGUCUUAUGACAUUCAAUUCUCAUAGUAUGUGUACAAGUUUUAAAAAGUUACUCCAAGUAAUGACUACAAGAAUAAAGUAUUACUGUGCUGUUUCAGAUGUGUCUGUCCCACAUCUGGCGUAGAUGGACUUAGUGGCAGGUGCAGGUUGGGCAUCCAUGGGCAGUAGGUACAGUAGCCUGUAGCAAGGGAUGGUGAUAGGAUUCAGAGGCAGCUCAUUUGGUAAAUAAAUACCUGAUUAUAUCACUGGGGUAAUGCAUGAGAAGUCCUAGAAUUAUAGACCUCCCACUUCUUCCCUUAAGACUCAGUUUAGAGGUGAUAAAAAUAGGAAAUAGAAAAUGGUUCUUAUAAUAUUUAGUAGAAAUAAUUAAUAAAAUAAAGGAAAAAUACAUAAUUUCAAAAUAUCACACAGUGAAAACUGGUGUUUACCUCCAUUCUCUUUUUACUCUACUACUGUGAAUGGUUUCAGAUUUUAGUUCUAUGGAUAGCCUGUAUGAUUUCCAAUACAUAUAAAUUUUUCUUUAGUACUAGCAGUGGUCAGAAUCCCCUGGCCAUUCUUUGUAAAAUAUGAAGAAAUUAGUGCAGCUAUACCUCCUCCCUCCUUCCUCUGUAGUGUGUUUGAUUUUUAUUGUAUGACUAGAUCAUAAUAUAUAUGGUAACCAUACUUUAUUUUGCAAUUAUAUACACAGCUAUAUCCAGGGGGAAAAAAAACCCGUAGCAUGUGUAGUAUUACAAUGUAAUUUUUUUAACCAUAGAAUCAAGUAGAAUAAUUAAAGUUAUACAGCAAAGAGUAUCUUCCUAAUCGUCUGUCACUGGGCUUUGCACUUCAGAUAAGUUCUUUUAGCUAUUUGUUUGUUUGAUUAAUUGGUUUUGAUUUUGGUUUAUUUUGUUUUGUUUU